UUCACGUCGGCGUGCGUCUACUCAUUCGAGACUGGCACAUGGGGUAAACUGACCGCGAUGCGCCACACGUCUUGCUUGAUCUUCACAUUUCAUUCCAGCGUGCUCGUUGGGAGCUCUCUGCUCUACUUCAUGUCCGACAGUGGGUGGAUCUUAGAGUAUGACUUGGCCAGCCACGACCUCACUGGGUUCAACCCGCCACAUGACGGCCCCGAGCAGACAUUUAGCCUCAUGGUGGCGGAGGAUGGUGGAAUUGGAGUUAGUGAAGCCUUUUGGUUUGCAACUCAAAUUAUGGUCAAGGGAGGAGAGUGACGACACCGACACUGAUGCACAAUGGGUCUUAUGGGUCUUAAGCCUGGUCAUCCACUUGGAAAUUUUGCCCCCAAAUGGUGCUCUCGUGGAUGCUGAGACUAGAGUGAUCGUGUUAGGAUAUGCCGAGGGAGUGAAUGUCAUUUUCAUUAACACAAUUGCUAGCCUCUUCACAAUCGAUCUACAGUCGGAGCUGGUGGAGAAGGUGUGUGAUGAUCAUGGCUUCUGUAAUUUGAUUCGAGUUGUCAGCUUCUACACUCCUGUGGACCGUGGCGAAUACCAGGAUCUGCAGCCGUCGAUCCCUAGUGAGGAGGUUGGUGAUGAGGACGGGGGAGAAGAGGAGAAAACAGUAGAUGAGGCACAACAACUGCUUGACGAUGGGUCCAACACUAUCAAGGAGGGGGGCUUUGUCAACACCUUUGAAUGUGUCAGUCAUGACCUCAAUAUCAGGAGUGCUUCAAGUGAGGAAUCAGUGACGGGCACAUCCAGCGAAGAUGACGAUGAUGGGGUCUCAAAGACCUCUGGUAGCAAUGGUGAGGAUGCUGCUUCAUCUUCAGAGGAAGGUGAUGCUGAAGAAGGUAUUAUAUCAUUGCCCCUUCCUUUGGACCAGUAGUGGUGCCAGGGCUGCACAACUCUGUGGUGAAAUACCUUAUUUCUCUGAAGUUUGCAUCGCUCCCUAAGUUUUUGCAUGAAAUUUCAUUCUAUGGAGUAGUUUCACAAGUAACUUUUGGGAUCAACCGCCCUGUAGUUUUAGCGAAGCACUGCCACUGUCCCCAGUUAGUCAUAUAGUCCCUAAGAAAAAGAUGGUCAUGUAAUCCUGCGUAUGUAAACUAGUAAUAGUCUUGUUAAUUGUUCGGGAAUUGAGACUUGGAAGGAACUGAUUGCUAUUUGGACUUAUCUCUUGAAUUCUCAUCACUAUUCCAUAUAAGACCAUUUAAUCAAUGUUGUUUUGCUAAAAAUUCUUAUUUAAUAAUAUUAAUAUAGAUAGUAGAUGAUGUUGCUAAAAGCAGAAAAUGCUUUCAUUUCUCAAAAAAACUUGAACUUGUGUCUGGUGCCACAUGUCAGCCAU